AUGUCAGUUAUGUUGGAUCAUUAUUUGGACAAUUUAUCGACACUUCCUCGUGAUUUGGCAAAGAAUUUACAAGGGAUUCGGAAGUAUGAUAUGGAAUGCCAUAAGAGAUCAGCCGAAAUUGAUCGAAAAUUAAGAGUAUUUGUAAAGUCGUGUCAAAGAAUGCCGAAGAAUGCAUCAGUCUCGUUUAAUAAAGAAAUUAUGACUUUGUUUGCGGAAAUCGAACGUUUAUCAAAUGAAAAGAUUCGUUUGGCAUCAGACACUUACGAACUUGUUGAUAAACAUAUCAGACGUUUGGAUAACGACUCAGUGAAACUUCAAGCUACAAUACGACAAAAAUAUUUGGAUGCUGCAGCGGCAGCUGAGGCAAAGGCUAAUAAAAGCGGCGAUGAAAUGCUUGACCGGAAAAGAAAAACUAUUGCGGGUCGUAAGGAUAAGAAGAAAUUAAAAGAGGAUAGCUGGUCUCAAAAAAGUACAGCUUCUGUCUCUGCGCCAUUCCAGCCGUUUUUGGAUGCACCGUCGGUUAUGGAAAUGCCCGUUGACCCGAAUGAACCCACCUAUUGCAUCUGUCAUCAGGUUUCGCACGGUCAAAUGAUAAUGUGUGACAACAAACAGUGUCCUAUAGAAUGGUUUCAUUUCCAGUGUGUUGGCCUUACAGAGGCACCAAAGGGAAAAUGGUAUUGUGAACGUUGCAGCGAGCAACGAAAAAAAAGGAAUUCCUCUGGAAGUAAUAAGUAA